GCCCGGCGCGCUAGUGUGUCAUUUUGGCUUGUGCAUAGCGACAGGUCUUGUACUGUAGAACAGGGUCUGGGAUAUUGCUGGAAUUUCAGUAUUAUUAAUACUUAUCGAUCUGGAAACACACCAAGGAUCAAGUGUUUUUUCUCUAGGAGUUAAAAUUAGCAGACAUUCAACCUUAGGCAAUGGUUUAAUACUACUUGCCCAGGGACACUCAGAAACAUGUCACGUCAAGUGAUAAUCAGUCGAAACUUUUCAGGACUGACCAAGUGCGCCCCACCACCAAGUACACUUCUGGGUGGGGAACUCACCAGCAGUAUUCUAAAACAUGCACAGAACAUUGGUGCCAGUCUAAACCGGAGCUGUGCCAACCAUGCCCGUACUUUCUCCCUCCUCUCUGGGAGCUCAGGCUGCAGGUCACUGGUCACUGACCACUGCAGAUGGGAGGGCACCGGUCAGGAUGGACUCAAGGCGCCCAAGGCUCAUCCUCAUCAGAAGGGUUAUAUGUUGCAAUACCAAAGAUGGAAGAGUGAUUUCUUCAAGAUCACCAUGCCUAAUGACUGGCACUCUAUGUAUUCUCAUAACCUGACCCAUGAUCUACGGAGAUUUCUAGAAGAGGUGGGAACAGAUCCUAAGGAAGCCCGUUAUUGGUUGAAACAGUUUCAGCGUCUAGGAGGCAGCCAUUCCAAGCCCUUUGCUGUAGUCCAAGUCCAUCAGGAAAUCUUUCAAAAACCUGAUCUGCUGGAAGCAUUGAGCUCAAACCUAGCAUUCCUGCACCGCAAUGACAUGAAGUUACUGGUCGUUCAUGGAGCCUCCCUUCCAGAUGGAACUAACAUGUCAGAUCAAGAACUUCAGGCAAGCCGUAGUCGAGUGACCACCGAUACGAUGACCAUGGUAAACUUUCUUCAAGCCAGUGGUGCUCCUGCCCAUCCACUUUUCUCAGGGAGUAACGUGUUACAGGCAGAGGCAGUGGAGGAAGGGGCUUCUAAAGGAAGGGUGGUUCACGUCAACACAGAACCACUAGAAUGGUGUAUAGGAUCUGGACAUAUACCUGUAGUUUCCUCCAUAGGAGAGACGUCGAGCUCUCAGUUAGUUAGUAUUGAUGCUUCCCAUGCUACGACAGAGAUAGCCAAGGCUGUCCAACCCAUCAAGGUGCUUCUACUCAACAGGAAAGGUGGUCUUCUAGACGGUAAAGGAGAGGUCAUCCCGCAAGUCCACGUACCAGCCGAUGUGGAGUCCCUUGUUGAUGAGCCAUGGUGCACAGAUACCUGCCAGAACCGCAUACAGGAUAUAUCCACCAUGCUCGAAGCGCUUCCUUCUAUGUCUAGUGUAGUUAUAACCUCCCCUGAGAGCAUCCUGGCUGAACUCUUCACUCAUCAUGGGUCGGGUACUUUGUUCAAGAACACAGAGAGGAUAACGAAGUUCUAUGAUUUAGAGAAUGUAGAUAAAGAUAGACUUUUACAACUUAUUACUAGGUCAUUUGGUAGAGUCCUAAAGAAGAAUUAUAUAUUGGAGCUUCCUAGACGUCUCCACACUAUCUAUCUAUCUGAGGGAUACAAUGCAGUAGCCAUCAUUACCAAAGAAAAUGAUGUACAUAAUGUGCCUUACCUCGACAAGUUCUCCAUUAGUCUCCAAACACAGGGUGAAGGGACAAGCGAGAUGCUUUGGGACUACUUGAGAAGAGACUUUGGGAUGCUGUUCUGGAGGUCGAGAAGUAAUAACCAAAUUAACCCAUGGUAUUUCAAGCGAUGUGAAGGGAGCUGGAGCAAUAGUAAAUGGACUGUAUUCUGGUAUGGUAUGUCAGACCCUAAGCUAUCGUAUGCCCUCGUUGAACAGGCGGUGAAGAGGCCUGCAUCCUUCAUUGAACCGGACAGUUAUGAGAAUGACAAGAUGAGGGAUAUUCCUUGAACAUUUGCAACACUAAAGAGAUUCUACUUUUUAUGUAAAACAAAUAUUUUGCGCUUUAUACUAGAUAUCUUUCAAGAGAGUUAUGACAACUUUUUCAAGCUGAGACACAUUUUUGAGGUUAAUUAUGUGAAAAUGUAUGCGUCAGGAAAGAACAAGCAUGUACGUCGCAUCAACGUCAUCAUAUUCACUAGUGCAGCGAGUGGGCAUGGACUGAAAUCUAAAGGGUUUCAAAGAGAAGUGACCAAGGGGCGUCGACUACCUGAGUGAACAGCAUUCUUGUCAACACAAUCGAAAAGCCCUUUCUAUCAGUGAAGGUACAUGGGGGUCCAGGGCCCCGUUGCACAGAAUUUGACAUUGAUGGUAACUUUGCCAUCAACCGUUACUACCAUGGAAACCUUGAUUUUGAUUGGCUGUUGAGCCCUGUUAUUAUGGUAGUUGCCAUUGACGGCAAAAUUACCAUCAAUGGUAAGUUUUAUGCAACAGGGUGCUGAUGUUCAUAUCAGAUUAGAUUAGGGUUAGUAAUCCAUGUUUGUAGUAUUUCCUUAUUUUUGUGGAAGACAUUACACAUACUGUAUUUGAACUUGGUAUCACAGUAUUAUAAUGUUUAGAUGGUUGGCGAAUGGAUGCAGCCUAUAGAUAUAGAUAUAUAUAUAUAUAUAUAUAAAAGUCCACUCAUACAAAAUCAUGAAUGCAGGGUUCUUAAAAAAGAGUAUUCAACAUUUACAUGUUGUAACCAAAGUAUAUCCUUGUGUAUGUAAGGUAAUAGCCAGAUUGUUUCUCGUCCAUCUGCGACCAAAUUGCAUGAACGCCGCCAAAGAACAUUCCUGACCCAAGUUUGGUUGCACUUGGAACAGUGUAUGCAAAGUUACUACCAUAUUCACAAGAGAGUCUUUCAGGUUCAACUUUCAAACAUGACCUCAAAUGACCUUUGACCUUAUCAUGUGACUCUCAACAUCACCAUAACAUGAAGGUCUCACAAGUGCAUCUCUGACCCAAGUUUGGUAAAUUUUAACAUUUGUGUUGUAGAUGGACGACAGAUCCCUCAUUCUUGACUUGAACCUUGAACCUUCGGUGGGUGAGACAAGGAUACAUUCUAGACCCUUAUUGCAACAGAACUAGUUGUACAUAUUCUCCAUGGACUUGAUGAAAUUUGUAUUUUCAAGAAUCUUUCAGAUUUCAUGAAUAGUAUCAUUACCACUUAGUCAUUCUUCAGUCAACGAAAGCAAUGCCAUUUUUAAUUUUUUACUUCCUUGUUUGUUUGCUUUUCUGCAAACAAUGUUGAAAAUAAAUAUCAGCAUGUCUUUUGUGUAUUAGGGCAAUGCCAUGUAAUUUUUAUGAUUUUGCAUGGAAAUGCUUUUUCUAUUAAGUUUAUAUGACAUUUCAACAAAGUUAACCAAAUAUUAUAUAUAUAUAUAUUGGUCAGCAUUACUUGGUGAACAGGAUGCAGGUAGCCAUUCCCUGGCUUUAAACUUGAAAUGUCAUCAUACAGGGCAUUUGAUACACAAUAUAUAGAAAAUGUUUGUAGAGGAAAUGUCCAAAAAAAAUACAGUACGUAUAUCCAGCCAGUAUUCAUACAACAUUAUGAUUUUAAAACGAAGCACUUUAAAACCUUUUUUUAAUCUUCUUUAAAUGGCUAAAGGAAAUAUAUAUGAUAAUAGUAUUUUAGAAAACAUUAGAUAGAGUGCAAUGUUAGAAGUCAGACCCUUCCCCCCCCCCCCCAAAAAAAAA